AAUUCAAACGCCGCAUUUAACCGUCAGCGACACUCAUUCGCAAUUGGUCCGCUGCAACGCGUUAUUCGACUAUUUACUCCAAAAUCUGACGUUUACUUCACGUGUGUCAUUUACCAGCAUUUUUUCUCGUCAAAUUUUCAGUGUUCAUUUAAACCGCGAAUAUCCCAAAGAUGCCGGCCGAUCAAGAGCUAAACUCGGUUUUGAUAAGGAGGCAAGAGAUCAACGAAGCUUUGGACAACGGGGAAGAAGUCAAAAUUAAAUACAGGGUGAUCAAUGUGUACACGGAGUUCCACGAGUUUACCAGGAAGGAAAUUAAGCAGUACGAGACCACUUUUAAAAAAUUUAACACCAACAAUGACGGUUUUUUGUCGUUGGACGAACUCAAGCGCAUGAUGGAGGUGCUCGGGGCACCACAGACCCACCUGGGUCUCAAAGCGAUGAUCAAGGAAGUCGACGACGACGACGACGGUCGCUUGUCUUUCAGGGAAUUUUUGACAGUGUACAGAAAAGCCCGCGCUGGCGAACUGAACGAGGACUCUGGACUGGGGCAGUUGGCAAAACUGACGGAGAUCGACGUCGACAAAGUGGGCGUGAACGGCGCCAAGAAGUUCUUCGAAUGCAAGAUUCAAGAGUUGGCUAAAAAAUCGAAAUUCGAGGAUGAAAUCGUUCAGGAGCAGCAAGAAAGAAGGCGCAGCGAGGAAGAGAGGGCCAUAAGGAGGGCGGAAUUUUUGGAAAAAGCUGCUUUAUUUAAAUCUUAAGCCAAAAAAUUGCAUUAUAAAUUUUGACAAAGUAUUUUAGGCAUUAAUACUACCCUAUAUUGUAAAUAAGAUAAUAAUUAUAUGAUUUUUUAUAUUUUAGACCUAUUUUUGUAUUAUUUUAAGUGUUUUUAUAGUAAAUGUGAUAAUUAUUUUUAAGUGGAAUAAAUAA